GAAACUUGAAAAUGAAACGAGAAAAUUUGGAGUGGGCAGGUCAUAUUGAAAUGGGUGCUAUGGCUAUUAUGUACAGGCGAGACUUCAUUGUAUUUCAAGAUGUUGGAAGUCCUCCAUUUAAGGUGACAAACUACGAUUUCGAGAAGAAGAUCAUGCUUUGUUACACUCAAGGGAAUCAUUAUGACAGUGUCUACCCCAAGUCUUUCCUAGUAUCUGUAGCUAUAAACCAGUCAUUAGCAUAUGAACUUUUGUAUAAACGUGUUUUUCGAAUGGGAGAUGAAGUGGAUACAGCUGUUCAGAAGAUGCUUCAUGACAAAAAUUAUUCCAAACAAAGAAAAAAUAAUAUAGCACAUGGAAUAACCAGAGAAAAUGCAAUGUUGACAAACUUCAAUAGUGGAAAUGGAUAUCACCUGGAUAAUGAAGAGAAUGCUACUGAAGAAAUAAGGAAAGCUCUGGCUCAGGGUUUACCUCCAUUUCCUUACAAAGUAGCUAAAGCAUUAGAUCCUGAGAUAUAUAGAAAUGUUGAGUUUGAUUUGUGGAAUGAAGCUAGAAAAGAACAACUCCGUAGUGAACAAAUGAUUGUUCCAGAUCUUGCUCCAGGUGUGAAAUGUGUGGUGAACUUAGAUGAAGACCAGAACUAUGCUGGACAUAUUCAGGAAAUGUCUCCAGACCAAGGACCAGUAACAGUAUUCAUUGAAAAGUUAGGAGAAAAGCGUGUUGUUCCUUAUGAAAAUCUUCAGCCUCUUCCUGUUCCUGUUUUUAAAGCAUUUGGAUGGCAAGGUACUUCAAAGUCCUUCAGACUUUUUGGUGCUGCUUUUCAAGGAACUUUUGAAGUUGUUGAAAAAGGAAAAAGAAAGUUUUCGAAGAAAGGGAAAAUGAAGGAAUUCCCCUUGCUAUUUCCGUUUAUGCAAGGUGGAACUUUACCAUUUAGCAUGGGAUUCAGUCAACAGCAGCUUCAUCGCCCUCCAACAGUAGUGGCAGCACCAGCACUAAAUACAAUUGAGCCCCUUCCUAGUGCAAUAUCAAAUGUCAGUGGAAAACUUCAUCAAGGAAAUUCUCAGGUUCCGGUUGUUUCAUCAGUGAAUAAUACCAAUCAACAGGCCACUAAUCAGUCUGGGGGUACAAACAUCCCUGCCUCUCAGGGAAUUGGUUCUCCUGGGCAGAACUUGUUUCAUACUUCAUGGAAUAUGGUGACUCAGAACAUACAAUAUUGUCCAGCAAAUGGAGAUAAUCAGUACUGUGUCAGAGAACAACAUCAGGAUUUAUCAGAACGGUGCACUUCCAGUGCUUCAGAAAGUCAGUCUUAUUCCUAUUCUGAAGGUGGUUGUCCGUUUUCUUACCCUAUUUUGACCACUACCUGUUUCAUUCCUGACAUUAAUGUUUGUUACAUGCCCACUAAUGAUUAUACAGAUACAGAACAGUCUUUACCCAAUUCACACUCAGAACCUCUCCAACCUACUUCACCUAAUCCUUGCCUCUUGCAGGCCCUAAACCCUGUCUCUUUUCCAACCACCCAGCCUCUUGUCAAUCCCGGCGGACAACCUGUUAGUUAUGUACCAUACCAGAUUUACCCAGCAGUUGGGCCUGGAAUUGGAGAAAACAUCCCUUUUCCAGUGAACCUAAAUUCUGCCAAAUCCCAGGACCCUUCAGGCAAUGACUUGCCAUUAAGUGACCUGCCAACUGUCAGGUUCUUCUACAACUUAGGAUGUGAUUAUUAUCGACAAUCUGCAGGAGCCCCACCUGGUGGUCAGUUGCCAACAUACCCCAUGUGGACAUGCAAUGGUAUUACUUACUGUACUUUUGGUGUACCAUUUCCAACUGCUCCAAUGACUGGGACAGAGAACUAUGGAUAUUCAGUAGAAGGAACAAACAUUAACCCUGUUGGAGUUAAUGGUAUGUAUAGUAACAUUGUGCAACCAGUGGUGUCACUACCGUCUGGGCUUGCUGGUCAAUCAGUCAUCGUUAGUAACCAAACACCAUCCUUGCAAGCUGGGUAUUUUUAUCCUUUUCAGCCUCUUCCCUGUACCACUACCACUGGAUAGACUGUGUCCAAACAUUCUUAAAAAUGUGAUGUUUGAGAAGGGUAAAAAUGCACUAUAUACAGGGACUUGAAUAUGUAUAAUUUAUACUGCUAUUCGCUCAUGUUACUUUUUUGCAACCAUUUUCAUCUCAGUGAUAUGUUACAUAAUUUAUUUACAAGUUUAUUAAAAGGCACUGAAAAUUCCAGCCUUUCCAAGGUGCCUGAUCAAGCUGCUUUUUUUUUGUUGUAUACAGUUUAUCUUAUUGUUAUAUUGCAAACUUUCAGCAUCCAACCAUACAGUUUAUUUUCAACCAAAUGCAACAUUCUUAUAUUCAUGAUAUAGGCAGGAAAAAGUCAUGUUACCUAGGGUUAUUAACAGAAAAAUGUGAUACAUUUGUAACAUUAGUAAACAAACAAUUUAACAUUAUUAUUUUUUGACUGUUUCUUGCAAUUUAAUCAUGUUGCUUUGAGACACCUCAAGUAUAUAUGCAGUAUUUGUGAAGACAAUAUAAAAAAAUAUAGAAAUGUUAGGGGAAAAAAUUCUUAUGUAAUACCUAAUACUUAAGCAAACCUGUUCUACACAAAUAGGAUAGCAAAUUAAUUUGAAUUUGUAAUGGUGAACACAGUAAUCUCUUUAAUUCUGAUCUUAAUUCUUUUACAUUUAUGUUUAUAAAAUUUAUUGAUGGAUGACAUUUGAUAUAGUUUCAAAACAGUCUUAUAUCUUGAUCUCAUAUUGUUUGACAUUUUUAGAUUUUUUAAUCCGAAU